CCCUUUAUUAGUCUCUUCAUAUUUCAAACCCCAUUGAUAAUACUCCUCUUCUUAAGUUCCUCAAAGAUUUCUCCAGAAUUUUCAGCCUUUUAACGAUCUUCAAGCGCACUUAGCUAGUAGAAUAUUAAGAUGGCGAGUGCUAGUGCUUAUCUUGCGGAAGCCUAUGUGAUGAAGAAACAAUUCAAGGAGAAGAUGAUGAAAAUGGAUGCUGAAGGUGCUGAAAUUAAGAAGCAACAUAAUCCCAAAAAUACAUCUUCUUCUUCUUCUUCUUCUUCGGGUGGUUGCUUUUCCAUGAAAAUAUUCAAGAAAGUUCAUCCAAACACUAACCCUCAUCCGUCAACGGAUUCGGUGGUGUCGCACCGUGAUCAUGAGACCUGACAGUUGCUGGUAGUUGUCUUAGGUAGUUAGGAAUGAUUUUAAGCGCCACUGUAUUGCUUUUUUUCUUCUUUAUUUGAUGUGUUUGGAAUUCAACGAGACUGAUAUGAUGAAUGUUCAUGAUAAAAUAUGUUUAAAGAAUUUACCUGUA